CCUGGAGACUCUGGGGCUAUAUGCAGGCAGUUCCCCAGCCACACACUGGACACUGGGGUAGGGGACACCUGUGACACCACCUGAGGGUAAAGGGAGCUGCUGGGAUGGAUUCCCCCACAGCUCUACCUCUCUCUUACCCAAAGAAAACCCUGCGGAAGCAGUGGCUAGAAGGCCUGAGCGUUCUCCACUAUGUGCUGGUCGUGACAUUCAUAGGCCCUUUUUCCUUGUUUCUUCUCUUCUUUCUGCUCUACACACCACUCUGGUUUCUGUCUGUUCUCUACAUGAUGUGGCUCUACCUGGACCGGGACACCCCCAGCCAAGGAGGAAGAUGGUUUCAAUUUCACAGGACCUGGUGGAUGUGGAAACACCAAAGAGAUUAUUUUCCUAUCAAGCUGGUGAAGACAGCAGAACUGCCCCCCAACAAGAACUACGUGCUGGGGGCCCACCCCCAUGGGAUUCUGUCCAUAGGAGCCUACUGUAACUUUCUCACCGAGUGCAAUGACUUCUCCCAGCGCUUCCCGGGGCUGCAGCCCUGGUUUUGUACACUAGCCGGCCUCUUCUAUGCACCCGUGUACCGGGACUACAUCAUGGCUGCUGGACUGCGACCCGUGAGCCGUGCCAGCCUGGACUUCAUCCUGUCUCCCGCCCAGCUCGGCCAGGCAGUGGUCAUCGUGCCUGGGGGUGCCCAGGAGGCUCUCUAUGCAGCCCCAGGGCAAAACUGCCUGGAACUCCUGAAUCACAAAGGCUUCGUUCGCUUGGCACUGAGGCACGGGGCGUCCCUGGUGCCUGUGUAUUCAUUUGGGGAGAAUGACACCUUCAAAACUAAGACUUUUCCCAAAGACUCCUGGAAGUUCCUGUGUCAGGUCAUCUUCAAAAAAAUCUUUGGUUUUACUCCCUGCAUCUUCUGGGGUCGCAGUCUCUUCUCACCCAACUCCUGGGGUCUGCUGCCCCUUUCCACACCCAUCACCACCGUGGUGGGCGCCCCCAUCCACGUGCCCCAGCUCAGUGCACCCACUAAGGAGCAGGUUGACCACUACCACAGGCUCUACAUGGAGGCCCUUCAGCGACUGUUUGAGGAGCACAAGGAAAGCUGUGGUGUCCCCGCCUCCAGCCACCUCACCCUCUGCUAGACCUGGCCUUACCUUCCCAUGGUGCCCCC